AAAGGUUUCAGAGCUUUACUAAAAAUAUACAUAUUCUAAAAGAAUGUACUUCAUUUAGUAUCUGAAAAAAUUAUAAUACAAACGUGCCAUUGUUUUUAAAUAUAUGUGUAAUUUCUUGUGAUUACAAAGCUAAUACAUAUUCAUUGAGCUAAUCUGGAAAAUAAAUCACCCAUAAUCUCACUACUCAAAGACAACCACUGUUAAUAUUUUGGUGUAUUUUCUUCUAGUCUCUGUCGUAUGUGUAUUUACAUGUGUGUCUACAUGUACAGUUGAAUAUUUUUUUCAUUGUUCAAUUUUUCCUGUCAAAAUUUAACUUUUUAAAAGUAGGACAUGGCCGUGGACAAAAAAGUUCAAAAUGUACUCAAAGGGCUUUUUUUUUUUUUAAUUAACUUUUAUUGAGCUUCAAGUGAACGUUUACAAAUCAAGUCAGUCUGUCACAUAUAAGUUAAUAUACAUCUUACUCCUUACUCCCACUUGCUCUCCCCCUAAUGAGUCAGCCCUUCCAGUCUCUCCUUUCGUGAAAACUUUGGCAGCCUCCAACUCUCUCUAUCCUCCCAUCCCCCCUCCAGACAGGAGAUGCCAACACAGUCUCAAGUGUCCACCUGAUAUUAUUAGCUCACUCUUCAUCAGCUUCUCUCUCCCACCCACUGUCCAGUCCGUUUCAUGUCUGAUGAAUUGUCUUCGGGGAUGGUUCCCGUCCUGUGCCAACAGAAGGUUUGGGGACCGUGACCGCCAGGAUUCCUCUAGUCACAUCCAGACCAUUAAGUAUGGUCUUUUUAUGAGAAUUUGGGGUCUGCAUCCCACUUAUCUCCUGCUCCCUCAGGGGUUCUCUAUUGUGCUCCCUGUCAGGGCAGUCAUCGAUUUCAAAGGGCUUUUAAAAGUAUGUGUUCCUCCUGCCGCUAUAAUGGUGACACCAGAUCCUUUCCCAGAGAUAGGUCUUGUUAACCAGUUUCUUCUGUAACCGUCCAGAGAUAGUCUAUGCUCAUAAUAUCAUUUUUGUUUUUUCCUUUUGUGCAACUGGUAGCACACUAUGCCCACUGUCCCAAUCAGGUUUCUUGGAAACUGUUCACAUAAUUCAUGUGCAGCUGUCUCUAUUUAAUUAUUAUUUUAAUAAUUGUACAUGGUUCCAUUUUCUAGAUGUAUCAUGGUGUGUUUAACCCUUUCUUUGCUGAUGUGUAUUUAGAUUGUUUCCAAUCUUUUGUUACUACAAACAAUGCUACAAUAAAUAUCUUUGUACUUAAUGCUCUGUGCUUUGUUUUUUUACUGAGCUUAUUUUAAUGAUUUCAGCAAAAGUUUUUUUUGUGAUUGAGUGAUGAAAGAUUUCUUUCUGGUUUAUAAACAUAUAUAUCACAUAGUUACUUUUGCUGGUUACGUUAGCCAUAGAUAGUACAAGGUAUCAUUAGAAUUAUUCUUUUAUUAACCUUUUGUCUUGAGAAGAUAAGUAUUAACAUAACCUUAUCCUUGUAUAAAGGUAUGUGGAAUCUGUAAUGCAGACUUAGACCAGAGUGCAAUUUCAUGGUUAAAUUAUAAACACUUCGAUAAAAGUGUGUGAUGAAAACAUUAACUACCCUUGUAGUAUAAGUGGUUUCUUGGAGAAUGUAAGCUGCAAGAGACACCUGUGAGCAAUAGAAUUUCAGAGCAGAAAUGGAUGUUAUGGGUUAUAUUGUCCAACUUUCUUAUUUAACAUGUAAGGAAACUUAGGCCUAAAGAGCAUUAAGUGAUUGUUCACCUCUAAUUACUGGCAGAGCUGGGCCUGGUCCAUGCUCCUUCCACUAUACCAUGAUAUAUUUAAUAAACUACGUAUUGGUCACAUUGUUACUUUGGUAUAUCUUCAUUUUUUAAGAAUCAAAUCAUGAACAAGAUAGAUUUUGGAUUCAGAUCAGAUUUUCUGUGCUUUCUCUACUAUUGUCUGUCUAAUAUAAGUUAUACUGUUAUUCUUAGUUAAAAGCCUGCCAUGCUGUUGUCUAUUUUGUAAAUGAAGAUAAACCUGUAUACUGCCUAAGUAGUCUAUUUGGAACCCAUGUGCUCUGUGUAUAAUUUUCUGUUUAAUUUGCCUAUAUUUAAUCUGUGACCUUGAUCAUUCAUUCAUUUAGUAGGCAGGCACUAUGUAUGGUACGUGAAUUGUGAGUUUCUCACAAGAUUUAGGAGCUGAAUACCUGAGUGUUAGCUCAUACAAGGCUAUAAAAAUGCUUUCAAAAUUACAGUAGCAUUAAAUGACAUAUGAUUCCAACAUGGAUUGAAUUAUUUUCCCUCAAACGUGUGUAUCAACUUGGAUAGGACAUGAUUCCCAGUAUUCUGUGGUUGUCCUUCAUUCUGCGAUUGUAACUUUAUGUUCAAGAGGAUUAGGGUGGGAUUGUAACACCUUUACCAGGUCAUAUCCCUGAUCCAGUGUAAAGGUAUUUUCCCUGGGGUAUGGCCUGCACCACCUUUUAUCUCUCAAGAAAGGGAGGCAAGUGGAGAGUUGGGUACCUCAUACCACUAAGAAAGCAGAGCUGGGAGCAGAGUGCAUCCUUUGGACCUGGGGUCCCUGUGCAGAGAAGCUCCUAGUCCGGGGGAAGAUUGAUAAGAAGGCCGACAGAGAGAGAAAGUCUUCCCUGAAGCUGAUGCCCUGAGUUUGGACUUUCAGCCUACUUUACUGUGAGAGAGUAAACUUUGUUAAAGCCGUCCACUUAUGGUAUUUCUGUUAUAGCAGCACUAGAUGACUAAGACAGAAUUUGGCACUGAGAGAGUAGGGCGCGGCUCUAAUAGAUACCCAAAAUGUGGAAGCAGCAGCAGCAGAGAACUUGCAGUGGCAGAGAAGCAGCAGCAGCAGAGCCAGGAGACCAGCGCCAGACAGCACUGAAGCCAACCCAUAGAAUGAGAGAGCUGAGCGCCUGUGUGCAGAAGGCUUCUUGGCGGAGUUUGGUGCCUCCUGGGAGGAGUGGAGCUAGGCUCGCCGACCCACGGAGCAAGAGAGUUGAGUGCCUUUUUGCAAGAGGCUUUCUGGUGGAGUGGGGUGCCUGCAGGCACUUAUCGGUGGAGCUACAGAGCUUUGGAACUCUUGCCCGAACAGGGCAGUUGCGGGUGUGAGGCCCAACGGCUGAGAGGCCACAAGAAGCAGAAGCUGAUGAGACAAGGAACACAAGAAGCUAAGCUGCCUCAGUCUCAAAAGCUACAGAAUGGAAGAAAUAAAGAACAAAGAAUGGUUGCAGGACAACUUGGCAUUCAAAGAGAACGAGUGAAGACGUCCGUUCAGGAAUCAGGAGUGUUUUUGUCUCAGCACAUUCCUGAAGAAAGAUACAGGAUGCAGAGCAAGCCCCUAGGAAUCUGCUUGAUAAUCGAUUGCAUUGGCAAUGACAUAGAGCUUCUUCGGGACACCUUCACAUCCCUGGGCUUUGAAGUCCAGUACUUCUUGCAUCUCCAUAUGGAGAAUAUAAUUCAGAUUCUUCACCAAGUUGCCUGUAUGCCCCAACACCAAAAUUAUGACAGCUUCGUGUGUGUCCUGGUGAGCCGAGGAGGCUCCCAAAGCGUGUUUGGCGUGGAUCAGACUCAUCGAGGGUACUCUUUGGAUCAUAUCAGGAGGAUAUUCAUGGGAGACUUGUGCCCUUCUCUCUUAGGGAAACCAAAGCUCUUUUUUAUUCAGAUCUAUGUGGUGUCAGAGGACCAGCAGGAGGUUAGCAGCCUUCUGGAGAUGGAUGGGGCAGGGGUGAACAGUGUGGAUUCCAAAGCAAGGCAGCCUGGGCCCUGCAUGGUCCACCGAGAAGCCGACUUCCUCUGGAGCCUGUGCAGAGCGGAUGUGGCCCUGCUGGAGCAGUCCUCUAGCUCACCCUCAGUGUACCUGCAGUGCCUCUCCCAGAAACUGCAGCAAGAAAGAAAACGCCCACUCCUGGAUCUUCACAUUGAACUCCACAGCAAAGUCUAUGAUUGGAACAGUAGAGUUUCUGCUAAGGAGAAGUACUCCGUUUGGCUGCAGCACACACUGAGAAAGAAACUCAUCCUUUCUUGCAAAUGAAAAGUCAAGAGCCAUUUUAGCCCUACAGUCUCCAUCACUAGAGGGAGGGUUUUCAAGCAAGUGUGUAUGUGUGUGAUGUGGGUGAGGUAAGGUCCCAUCCCGUCCUGAAAUGACCCUCUGUGAGGACCGCUUGACUAGAAGGGGUGUUUGAAGUAUAGAUCCUGAAAUCAAGGUGUUGAUCUCUAUUCUGGUUCUUAUUUAACUAAAACAGCAUAUUGCUCUUAAUUUGGGGCUUGGAUCCUCACUACUUUUUGAAAGCAGCUUACCAGAAUGUUGUGAGUAGAGCACAGUAAUGGACUUAUAGCAAGCUUUUCACCGUACCCAUAGUGUAUCCAUGCCAGAGUAAACUGCAUCCUGGAACCACUGCCCAGCCUCCUUACCCAGAGGCUGUGAACACUGCAGGGGGUUACAGAGUGUGGGAAAAAAAUGGUAUGGGUAGACUGUUCCUUGAUAGGAUAAGCAAAAAUGGCAGGUAUGUAACUGAUAUUAUAGUAUUUAUUUGUAUUACAUUUAACUUUUGUAUUCUUAUAAUUCUUAUAAUGCUAAUUUCUAUUUAUAUUUGUGAUGUGGUAGAUCACUUUUAUAUGGCCUUUCUCGCCAUAAUCUUGUAAUUAUCAUUAAAUGAUUGGGUGGGACUAUGCAAAUAAGGUGCCUAUGUCCCACCAAGGGAAUUGGACAGUGCUGUAGAUUGAAUUGUGUCUCUAAAAAUGUGUUGGGUAAAUUCUCUAUGCCUGUGGUUAUAAUCUCAUUUGGAAAUGGAACAUCUUCGUCUUUCAGUCUGUUCUCAUGUAAGUUGUUUUUCUCACUUUAAUAGUGGUGUCUUUGACUUUUUCUUUGCCAUUUUUGUAUAUGAGCAUUUGAUUACUAAAAUACUUUUCUUCAGUGA